AUGUCGACUGCAGGAUCUGGUGGAUCUGGCUCAGGCGGUCGUGGCGGCUCUAGCGGCUCUGGUGGAGGCGACAAGGGAAAGAAGCCCGCCACAGGCCAAGGUUCUAGGGGCGGCGACGGGUCCUCCCGUCGCGCAGAUCCCACCGUGCCCAAAAACUUCCAUAACCCAUACAAUUCUGAGGGAGUGGAGGAGAAGGACCUUCCUCCUGCCACUCAGGCGAACGACAUGGAGGAUACUCGGGAGUACUACAACUCCACCGAUGCGAGAGGCCCAGAAGACAAGGAUCGCCGUGACAAGGACCCAGGCUGGGACUCAGAUGGAUACUAUGACAACAGUAGCUACAAGACUUAA